CGGCAGAGGGCUAUAUGCAUCUUUUGCUGGAUGCCUAGAACUCUUCAUCUCAAUUCCAAAUACGAUUGGUUCAGUCUUCUUACCAUCUGCAGAUCGUAGAGAUGUAUGUACAGACUGGUCAACGAGGAGCAAGAGCUAGAUGGAGGUAAGUAGCAAAGUACUAGCGUUUCAAACGUUAGGUCGCCCACUAGACUUUUGACGAACAUCAGGCUCCUUCAUGUUGGAGGAACAUGCAAUCGUACUUCUCCAUAAAAGUUGAACUUCUUGUAUGCUGCAACCUCAUUCUUCAGGAUCUAUCAGCCGACGGAAGAAUCCUUCCCCCUUUUGUGAGUGACCAGUGUGCGUAAGGGAAUGCUGACCCAGGCGAGUCGUUGGUGAUGAUGGUCCUGCCUGUCAUCACGGACAAAACAUACUUGCCUGCGACCAACGACCUGUGAUGGGCUCUCCACCGUCACCACCGAGACGUUCCACGUUGCUUCUUAGCGUAGGACGUGGGUGAUCACCAUGGACAGCAGGUCUGUCUCUCUCCAUAAGUAUAGGGUGCAUCUUCUCUGGGCGUGAAGGAGAAGUCGAAAAGCAGGACAGUUGACAACCUAUUCUAUUUAUCCAGGACUGUGACAUCCGUAACUUCUCCAGCGAGCGACUCUUUCAUGAUUCUGUUAAAGGCCGAGGAGCAGCCAUGGAUCGCUCGCAAGUACACUCCCUGUCCCAAUCAAAGGCGGUAUCCGUGAAGAGCUGGUUGGGCGUACGACUCCAGUCUGCGUGUUAGGGUAGCAAGCCACAGACAGACCAGACCCCCAGAUCGCUCUGCAUCGAGAGUGUUUGUGUCAAGCAGUUGGUGGAGACGAUAGAGGCUCGAAGAUGGAUAAAUCAUCAGUUCCUCACGAGACGGACGAACCUGAGAAAGCUGAGAACCCGGGUAUUCGUGCAUGCUUCAGUGCUUCAUUGAAUUGCUUCAUUGAGCACGUGCUUGUAUCGUGCUACACAAGCACGUGCUCAAACAUUGAACGAGAGUUGACCUCUGCGAACCUCUACUCGUUUUUCUCCCUCAUUCGUGCGAGGUCACAUAGAACGCUCCUCAGCGUAUGUGUGAACUUGGGAUGAUACCUCAUGGAAGCUGCCAGAGCAUCGACACAUUUAAUACUGGUUGCAUCGGUUCCAGCGAAGUUUUGGAUUCAACAGGACGUGCGGACCAGAGCUACAAUGUCAUAAUGAAGCACACAUGUGACCAGCAUAAGCUGCAUCUUGAUCGUGUGUGUCGUGGAUCUGAUCCUAUCGGAUCGUGCCCAGACAACUCAUUCUCUUCUGUUCUCAACCAAACACCCAUCUUUCCGAAUGGUUCCAGAAUAUACUGAAGCGGAUGGACUUUAAGUCCGCCACUGGGACACUCAGUUAACUACUUCUCACCUACUCGGUUCUCUCUCUCAGAAUAAGACAUAUAUAGCAAAAAGAAAUAUCACGCCAACGCACACCCAACGCAAGAGUAAUGUGGCUUAGACACUAAAGUAUUACAAUGCUAAAUAUUUUUUUCUAAAUUCAUAUCAUUAAUAGUUUUUCACAAGAUAUUCAACUAUCUAAACACAAAUUGC